AUGUCGCAAAUGCUCAGCCUGGAACAGGCAACGUGGGCGUGGAUCGAAGCCGGUCCACGCAAACACCACAUGUCUGUUGGAAAGCGUUUCGUCAAAGGUAUCAUGGCCGGUUUCUUGCUUUCGACUGGUGGCAUGCUCGUCCAAAUCAUGAGCGCCAACCCGUGGUUUGCUACCAACGCCCCUGGUCUGCUCAAGAUCCUCCAGGGUGCCGUCUUCCCCGUGGGUCUCGUCAUGAUCGUCCUCCUCCAAGCGGACCUCGUCACGGGUGAGAUGGCCGUCUUCAUCAUGGCCACCGUCAAGCGCCGCGUGCCCAUUUGGGCGUUCUUGUACGGUUGGGCCAUCACGUUUAUUGGAAACCUCGUCGGCGCACUCAUCUACGCCGCAUUCCUCGUCCAUUUCUCCGACAUCUACACGGCUGCUAUGAACAAAGGCGCUGCCACUGGGGCCGACGCCAAGGUGUCGGCGAUCAACUUCCGAGAGCUCUGGCUGCGUGCUAUCGGAUGUAACGUGCUCGUGUGCAUCGCCGUCUUCCAAGCUUCACUCGCCAAGGACGUUGUCUCCAAAGUCGUCGCCAGUUGGUUCCCAAUCUUUGUCUUCGUCGCCGCUGGCUUCGAACACGUGGUGGCCAACAUGUUCCUCAUCAACGCAGCCCUUAUGACCAAGCUCACCAACUUCAGCGUCGGCGAGUACAUCUGGAAGAGCAUCAUUGCGAGCUUCAUCGGCAACAUCAUCGGUGCUGCUCUGCUGGCUCUGCCUUUGGUCUACCUACACGGCGGUGACGAGUGGGACCCCAGCCAGGGUGCAAGGGCUGAACUGCCGAUGCACGGCAAGGCUGGCGAGGGCAGCUCGGGUGCUUCGGUCAACAACGUCACCCUCCAGGCCAGCCCACAAAAAUGGACCAAGGACGUCGAGUCUCAAGUUGCCCAGGCCUAG